UAGAUAUCUUAGAUGAUCACAAGAUAGACUACUGCCGUAUCGCCCAAAUAGGAAAGGGCAUUAUUGGAGCAAAAUUGUGCCGUUGCCAUUUCUCUCAGCCUAUGCUCAAGCGUUCGCGCUCAUUGUCGGAGCCGCAUCGACCAGACCUCUUCUCCCAUUCCUUCGACCUUUCAUUAUCUCUUUUCUUCUAGUGAGGGAGAACGGAACGCUCCUUUUUGACGUACAGGCUCUUUCUUCGCCAUGCACACCGUUCUAUCGCGUCCUCAGCCAUUGGGAUCAGGGACUGGUUCGUCUCACCGUCUACCUCGCAAAAGCGCAUCUUUUCUCUCUUUGAGACGCGAAAAGGAAAAGCCCAGCGUCUCUUCCGACCAAUACAGCUCCAAUUUCGACCCCUCUGGUUCGUCGCAUUCACGACCUUCGUACUUUGAAGCAUAUCCGAGACCAAAGACGGCUCAACCACGCUUGUCCAAGCCAAAGAGCCGUGAAGCUCACUCCUCUGCCCCACAGUCACCUAUCUCUCCAGAGGAUAACGCUUUCUCUGAUCAGAUUGUUCGGGACAAGAAAGGCACCAGGCCAUCAGCCAAGGUGGAACAGUCUUCGUAUUACUUUCCCAGCACCGAAAUUUCCGAUUUCCCAUUAUACCCUUCUCAAGAUACCCAAUCCUCCUCAAAACCCCAUUCAAGAGUUCGUUCCAGGACCGGGCCAUCCCGCCAGGCCUCCAACUGGGCCGAUCCAACUCCCGCUCAUCGCUUUUCCGGUUCUUCUACGCAACAUACGGAGACACCGCCCGACACGCCUUCAGACAACGUUUCGUUCCGAGAAUUCUCCGUCAUGGUUGCCGCCCCCGUCUCGACGGUUGAGGCAAUGGAUGCAUUGGUGGACAAUAUGAAUGGAGGAGAGGACAUCAUUAGCGCCAGUUUUUCUAGUCGUGCUAGGUUCGGAAUUCCGGGCCAUCAUCCACUCUAUCAACCGCCACUUCCUACUCCACCGCCUGGUAUCGUCCUCGGUCCAGUUAUUCGGGAGAUGAGGAAGAUGAGACUGCUGGUCCCGUACCCUUCUUUGCACAAGCGACGUCCAAAACGAUUAGCGCCUAGUCGUAGCAGUUCUAACGCAACCAUCACCCUAUCUGUCCCUGCGACACCUUCACCUCCUCUUGAGGAUGAAUCUCCAGCGCCAUCCCCCACACCACCUGUUAGGCAUAGUCCUAUCUCUCCUGACUCGGUUGGUGGAGUAUCUCAAGAACGUCCCAAAAGCAUAGCACCUUCCAUAUCCGACAUCAUUCGUGCGUACGCACCUCCGGAAGCACAGCUGCGGUCUCGGGCAUCCCUAACACGCUCAUCUUCUUAUGCGCACAGUCAUGGCCAUGCCACACUGGUGGAAGAAUCUGAGCCAGACCCCGAACCGCUGACCCUUGAAGAAGAGGCGGAGCUUUUGUCUCGAUCUUCCAUCGAUAGUGUUGCUGACGAAGUUCAGAGAACUCUCCGAAACCAGAACGCCAUGAAACCGGCACCUACACCUCCACCGCCUCCACCUUCCUCCUACGUGAAACGACAGUCGACGAUUUCCGCAGAUAACGCCAGCAUCUGCUCUCCCCGAUCGGAUGGAGGGACAGCAUCCAUCUAUUCCAUGUCCGUGGCCUCGACUCAUCCCCCGCCUUCCCUUGAAACUACUAAUCUACUGGCGUCUCUAUCUAAACCAUCACCAGCACAAGCUGUUGCCCAGUAUUUACGUUCAGCGCGACUUACUACGCUACUGAAAUUAACCCGGUCACCUCAUGCGUCUUCAGACAAUCCUUUGACGGUCAGUCUUUCUGAUCUCGGAAAUCCUGCGGGGAUCCCAGUCGUUGUGUUCCUGGGUUUGGGAUGCGUACGGCAUAUCAUGGGCUUGUAUGAUGAAAUGGCAGAAUGUAUGGGAUUGAGGCUUAUCACGAUUGACCGAUGGGGUCUUGGCCGAACAGAGCCACGCGCGAAAUCUGCGAAAGGCAUAAUGCAGUGGGCUUCUGUGGUAGAGGAAGUUCUCGAUCUACUUCACAUAGACCAAUGUAGCGUCAUGGCCCACUCAGCUGGCGCGCCUUACGCCUUGUCGUUCGCCAAUAAGCUAUCAAAGCGUAUACGCGGUGACAUCUGCUUACUUGCACCGUGGGUGGGGGGUAGCGAAAGUGGAGGUUACAAAUGGCUCAAAUACGUACCCAACGGGAUAUUAAAGACCGCGCAAGCAGCAGAUUGGAAGCUGCAGGCUUGGAUGAUCGGUAAACCUCCGACCAUAGCUUAUGAAGGCAUCGGCUAUGAUUUUCGAUCGCCUUCGUCAAAGGGCGUAUUAAUGAACGGUUCCCCGCCGGCAGCACAUGGUAACAUGAGUACUGUUUAUCCCUCAUCCAUCGAUAACCAUCCAAGGCCAAGCAUGACAUCGAGUACUUUUAGCGAGUAUGACGAUCUUGGGGAUUUUGACGGCCGGUUCGAGAGUCGUAGCACGCUUGGUGUAGAUUUGCGACCGACACGCCAAGAAGCCGCUACAAAAAGAAAGAAUUCAAGGAGCUUUUUGGACCGUUUCAAAGCGCCAUCCCACUCUCAACCGCAGUCUCCCACAGAGGACGAUAAGGCUCAGUCGGGCCGGCGUCUCAAAGCAUUGCGUUCGAUGGGGUCCUUGAAAUCCAAAUCGUCGAAAGUAUCGGAGCAUUUGAGCCCUCAGCUUCCUCCUGCCCUCAAGUUUGAAGUGGGGCUAGGCUUCGAUGAUCUCAAUUGGACCAAGGCAGUCGAAUCCUCCCACACGUCGCUGGUCAGAGAAGAUCGAUCAUUGACACCAUCACCCGAUAAGUUCUCCACGACAGGACAUAUUCCUUAUCCUCGUGCAAAUGGACGACGGUCUCUUUCCUUCAAUACUUCGCGCGGAGCGACAUCACUUCCUGCAUCACCUAUUUCGAGUGUACAGGAAACGUUUUCCUCAAAUGCGUCAUUUUCCACAAGAAACGGCUCAAAUCAUGGCUACCAAGCUACGCUAGCGAACGCUUUGAUCGCGGCAUCCCACUCUGAAUCUGCAAAAGGAACACACAAUGAUCUGUUGCAGAUUCUGAAUCAUGACAAUCAUCCAUGGGGAUUCUCUUACACUUCUUAUCCCCACAAAGUCAAUGUGUGGUAUGGCGACAGGGACGAGAAGAUUGCCGAACAUGCCGUACGGUGGAUGGAGAGAAACAUGGGGGAGGACAAAUGUACUGUGAAGGUUGUGAAGGGGGCAGAUCAUGGCCUGAUGUACAAGAGCAGUGUGGUCAUUGAAGUUUUAGAGCAUGUUUUGAGCUAUUGGCAGCCCGGUACGCGUCUUUCAUAG